CAAAACUGUCGAAAACAAAUUUGUCAAAAAAAUUGACACCAAAAUAGAAACAUCCAGAAUCAAGUAAAAUUCUCGAGUCGAGUUUGAGCGCUCAAAAAAAGGAAUGGAAGGGACGGAGUCUCCAAAUGAAAAGCGCCAGUUGCCAAUUAGAUACGAUUGGUACCAAACCGAAUCCCAAGUAGUAAUAACAGUUCUCGUGAAAAAUAUAAGCGCAGAUUAUCUUCAAUUACUCAUAACUAAAAAUCAAAUAAAUAUCAAAAUAUCUCAUCCUGACUUCGACCCUUGCGAUCUAUGUUUAAAUUUAUCUAAUCCUGUUGUGGCCGAACAAAGCAACUACAAACUUACACCAUCUAAGAUCGAAAUCAAGCUCAAGAAAUUAGAAGGUCUUCGAUGGGAACAGCUGGAAGGUCCUCCGGUGGAAGUUGUCCAGGAAGCCGCUGCUAAACCUAAAGAAGUAGAACUUGAAGGACCACCGGCGUAUCCUACUUCGAAGAAAGGAAAGGACUGGAAUAAAAUUGAGAAGGAAAUUAAGGAACAGGAGGCAAAGGAAAAACCGGACGGAGACGCGGCUAUUAAUAAAUUGUUUCAAGAAAUAUACGGCAAAGGGAACGACGAUGUCAAGCGAGCUAUGAACAAAAGCUACAUGGAAAGUGGUGGUACCGUUCUAAGUACGAAUUGGUCUGAGAUAUCUAAGCAAAAAGUUGAUGUGAAACCUCCAGAUGGAAUGGAAUGGAAGAAAUCGGCUGAAUAAAUUCCAUUUCACUUACUUUAUAUUUUCUUUAUGCAUGUUUUCAGAAUAUUUCUCUGUUACUAUUUAUAUUUUCUAAUCCGUGGAUUAUAUUAGAAAAUAUAA